CUAUCAUCUAAAAACUAUUUGAAACCCCACAAACCAUGGCCAAAAAAUGGACCUGAAAGGUAAGGCCGAAAAGAGUGGGCAUACUGAAAACAGGCCUACAAGAAUUGGGCUUAUUAUGUCUACAUCCUUGUAGCCUUUUAUGUAAGAAACUCCUGAGUGUGCCAAUUUUGUAUAAUACUUUUUCAGGUGUACUAGUAUCAGUGAUUUUAUGACACAGACCAUAAGUUUUUUUUUACCCUUUUUUUAAUAUGACAAAUUUGGUGGGUCCAUUUUAAAGAUUUUGGAGUUUGAUUCUUGAUAAGAUCUUUGGAUCUGGGAAGAUCAACGCUUGUAUCACUCUUCAAUAUUAUUAUUAUUAUUAUACGGAUCAUCGUAUUGCAAUAAACACUAGAGUUAAAUUUCAUUGGACUAACGAAGAUGUGCACCAAGUCAUGAUCUAUCUAGUCCACACAUGUUUUAAAUAACCCUCUACUGUUUAUUAUUACACCUAUAAAGUUAAGAAGUGACGAAGUGUUGUCCUCUCGAAUCCUCCAAUGGAUAAUCUAUGACCACUUACGAAGAUCCCGAAUCUUACAACUAUCAGUAAGAAAUACAAAAGUAAUGUGUUAUGGAUUUUACAUAAACUAUUAGAAUAUUUGAUCAUCGUCCAUCAUAAGUAUAUAUAAAUACUGACUCUUUUGUUCCAUCAAACAUAUCAAUCAGCAAAACCUCAUCUUUGAUUUGAUUUUGUAAGCCAAAGAAAUGGGUGUCAUGGAGAAGAAACUUCGUUCACUAAAAUGCGAAGUGAGAAUAGUAGAAGCAAGAAACGUAGAGAUCAAGUCACAAGCUAGUACUCUGUUCGUUAGAUUCUAUCUCUCUGCAGGACACAAGAGAAAGAUCGAAGUAAACACGAGAGAGAUCUCUUCGAAAUCAGAUCAACUCAUGUGGGAUCAAUCUUUUGGUCUGGAGUGUCAAGGGGACGAAGCAGCUCUCCAAGAAUUGAAGCAACAGAGAGUUGUUUUCGAGCUACGGAGGAAGAAAACACCGUCGUUUCUUAGGAAGUCAUCAAGAUCUGAGGUUGUGGGGAGAGGAGAGGUUUCAUGGGAAUCGGUUUUCGAGUCGCCGGGCAUGGAGAUUGAGAGAUUUGUGGUGAUGGGUGAAUCGAAAAACCAGGUUUCAGGAGAUGAAAAACCUAUGUUGUUGAAGAUAGCUUUAAAGGUCCAAGCUUUAGAAGAAAUGGAGAAGAUUUUGAUCAAGAAAGACAAGAAAACAGAGAAACUUUGUUGUGUGUGUAGUAGUAGAGAUUGUGGAAGUUGUAACUGCUUAGAUUAUGAAGCUUUUGCUUUAGCUUGUGCUUUAGAUUGCAUUUAAAGAAAGAAAAACAGAUAUUGAUU